AUGGGACUUGUUGAUUAUGCAGGAAGUGAUUCAGACAGUGAACAAGAAGAAGAGACGAAACCAAAAAUUUCUACUCCUUCAGAAAAGCAAGAGUCAAAUAACGAAGAAUCUUUUUUCGAGGAUAUAGGGAGUUCGUCGGCGGGGGAGAAACAUAGCCUAAAUGCUGAAGAUGCGCUCGAAGAGAUCGUGAAGCCCAAAGAUUGGGAGAUAAAAAUGGCUGAAAAGGCGAGAAAGAAACUUGAAAAGAAAGCUCUGAAAAAAGCACAAAAGGAAAAACGAAAAAAAGAGAAAAAAUUGGCGAAAAAAGCACGGAAAGGAGAUAAAAUACCCAGAGUGAGCGGCGGUAUUCAAAAAGAAAAAGGAAAGAUCGUAAUUUCGGCUUUCGGGGCUCUUCCUGGUAUCGGCGGAGAUGAUUCAAGCGACGACAGCGAUUCUGAAGAAAAAAGAGAGGUCACUGCCAAACCAACAGUUGGUCGCGGAUUUCUAUCCAACCUUCCAGCUCCGAAAGGAAGAGAUAACCGAUCGGAUGGUUCAAACGUUUUUGAUAAGUCGCUGAUUCCUCAUUCUGUGGCCAAGAAAACGCCAGCUGCGACUCCAGUUUUUAAACCCGCACCUUCUCCGAAAAAGUUGGAAGAAAGUGACGAUGACGACGAUGAGCUCACUGACUUCUUUGGCUUCUCGUCAACUCCAGCUCGCAAAGAAAUGGAAUCUGCUCCUGAAAUUCCAUUCAUGGCUAUGAACAGCAGUAUGGACGUGGUUGGUCCUUCCCGACCGACAGAAGAAGAUGAGGUGGAUCCAAGUCAGAUGUACAUGCCUGAAGAAGAUGACUCACAAGAAGGAACUUCUGCUUCAAACGCUUGGCUUCACCGCAAAAUUUCGGAUGAACAGGCUCAUAAGUUGCUCAUGAGAUUCUCACAUGAUAUUGGAUCUGAAGAGAGAAGAUCUAUCAAUGAAAUGGCGAAUUCGAUUGUGGACGUUAACGUUGAUGAUGCUCUCGGCCCUGAUGUCAAAACCAACAUCAUCAAGAAUCUCGGGCAUCGCGCAUUUGUUGAAGCUACGUCGGCUCCGAUUCCACAAGUCCAGACACAAGGACAAACAUCUCGUAGAAAGCAUCAAAUCACAUAUCUUGCUAGCUUGGCAGUGGCUCGUGAAGAACAACUCAAAGACCAAUGGGCAGAGCAAAAACAGUCGAAAAGGAUGGCAAGACAAAAGUAUGGAUUCUGA